AUGACGAGCGUACGAGAGAGUGAUUCCGCAACAGCUCUCCUCCAUCUCUCAGAGGAGGAGCAUUUGAUUCACGGGAAAGAGCCUAUCCCACUUAAUACAUUGCGAGUUUCCAAGCAGCCUUCCAGCGUGGACCAAAAGACAUACCAACUCGUCAACGAACAUGAUACCCCGGACUAUGAAACAGCGGCAGACGACGAUUUAAAGUGUUCUCCAUCACCCGCACCACUGCCCCAGACCAAGAAAAAAUGGAUUACUGGAUUACUACUUUGUGCAUUGGGGGUGGCACUGGGGCUACUCGCCCAUGUCAUUCUCACGGUAAAAUUGGCCGCAAAAGCCGCUUCUGGUGGCUAUGGAUGGGGUUCCUCGUCGGCCGUUAUCUAUGAAGGCACAUGCCACCAGGCAAACCAAAUCGCCACCGGCCUCCAUAUUCUUGUCAACAUCAUUGUUUUGACUUUGGGGGCCACUAGCAGCUACUGUAAUCAAGUUCUGGCAGCACCGUCGCGCGCAAGAAUCGAUAUUGCCCACGCUCAGCGGGUGUGGGUAUCGAUUGGAUCCUCCAGUUUUACGAACGUCUGGUACGCACCCCUGUGGCGCAAAACACUAUGGGUGUUGAUUCUUGGAACGUCCCUGCCAGUUCAGAUGAUAUAUAACUCCUUCAUAUACGUAUCAAUUAACGCCAAUGAUUUUGGAAUCGUCGCUGCGCCAAUAGACUUUGGGACUAACCGCACCGACGUGUCUGAUUUCGAUGUCCCAUCCAACUUCCACCACAUAGUUGGCAUGAAUGCAACCAACCUAUAUGAUGAUCUCAUAUCCGGUAAACUCGAGAAAUUGAGCAAUGACACCUGUAUGGAAGCCUACAGUAGCGCUUAUCAAACCGCCCGGUCCACAGUUGUUCUUUUGACCCCGGAUCUUUUCUCAAGCCUAACGGUCUGGCCAUGUCAGGUUUCCAGGGACUCCGGUGGUAUCUCCACUAGCAGUACCUACAGGGACAGUCAAUUGAGUUGUGCGAUCGGCGAAUACAAGGGUAACUAUACAAUUGCGGCACCGAUUAGCUACAUGGACGAGUUGCGGGUUCAUACUUGCUUCAGUCGACCGAUCACGCCGACUUGUGAGCUUGGAUGUAGUCUGCCCAUUGGCUUAGUGGUAAUGGGCUGCAUUGCAUUGAAGCUAAUAUGCAUGCUUGUUACUGCUCUUGAGCGCCGGUCCGAGGUCCUUUUGACAGUUGGCGAUGCCCUGAAGUCAUUUCUAAUAUGCCCCGAUCCUUACACGGCUAACAAUUGCCUCAUGGAUCGGGCCAAUAAAGGACAACCAAAAGCAUUGCAUUCCUUCAAUGAUUACCCCUGGGUAUCUAUAUUCUCCCGCGCUGUCCCAUUCCGUUUGGGACAGAGCCCACCUCCACAACCAAAAAAGAUCUGCACGGUCCGACGAAGAUGGUCAGCUGCCCUACCAAGUCGACUGUUUGCUUUCCUGUUGUUUUUCAAAAUCUCCCUCCUUGCUCUGGCCGGUCUCGCCUUGGGCUAUAAUACCUCCAUGUUUGGCAGUACCGAGGGAGUAGAUCUGAAUGCGGAUGGCAUGUCAUCAUGGAAACAGACACUCACUUCGUUAUACCACACCCAGUUCUACCCAUUGGAAUACCUGGGAUUCAUCGCUAUCGUUUUGGCAGUGAAUGUUCCACAGGCUGUGAUCUCAAUAAUCUACGCAAUCUACAACAAUACUCUCACUAGGAUGCUACUUGCCGCCGAAUACAACGAUUUCGGCGUCGAACGCAAGCCCCUUCGAGUCUCAUUCCCCACUGGACAACAACGCUCGACAUACUACCUCUCUGUACCAUACCGGUACAGUGUGCCAUUUAUCGUGUUAUCUACUCUUUCCCACUGGCUUGCCUCUGAGGCCUUGUCAUUCGUGCAAAUCAUCCCCCGAGAUGCUCAGGGUAAUCUACAUCGCAGUCGAGCCUUCCACGGUAUGGGGGUGUCGUCAGUUGGUCUGAAGGUUAUGGUUAUACCCUGGAUCCUAAUGGUUGUGGGCUUUAUUAUUUUGAUGUUCCGGAAGUUCAAAUCGGCUGCCAUGCCGAUUGCCAUGAACUGUAGUGCGGCUAUCAGUGCUGCUUGCCACCCGCCGCCAGAUGACAUUGAUGCCGCAGACAAGCCUGUGAUGUGGGGACAGGCUGAUAUGGAAAUUUCGAACCUUCGUACAUUCCUUGGGCCUGGGGUAGCGGAGAUCGAGACAAAAUGUCGCCGUGCUACAUUCACGUCAAAAGAGGUUGUUGAGCCGAGUCCUAAAUUUGUAUACUACUAG